AUGCUCAGAGAGGACAAGGCCGCGUAUCAGCAGAACAUGGCAAAAGCGUUCAGCGCCAAUCAUAAACUGCUGUAUAAGCACGUCAAUGGUCUACGGAAGGUGAGGCAAGGAGUUCCGCCACUCACGACGGCUGAUAACCCAACACGAACGGCUACCAAAGCAGCAAACGCGCUGCGGAUGCAAUAUGCCCAACACCUUCCAGAGGGUAUUACCAUCAGGAGAUUCUCUAGCUUUUGUCGCAUCUCCGGCGGGACUCACUCACAUCUCCUUUACCCCAGAAGAUGUCUUGCAGAAGCUGACCACUCUACGCAAGCACAAAUUUUCGGGUAUCGAUACCAUUCGUCCAGAGGCAGUGGGAGCAGCAGCAAGUCAACUGGCAGAGCCAUUGGCUCAGUUCUUCCAGUGCUACUUAGACUAGAACCAAGCUCCUGCCAUGUGGAA